AUGGGAUUUAAAGGAUAUGCAUUAAUACAAUCAAAUGACUUGAUACUUUCUAUUCCUCAAGUUAUUACUGGAACAAAAACAAUCCCUGCAUUUAAUCACCCAUUUUUAGCCACUAGCCUUAUUGAUUUCUGGGGGAACCGAUGGAAUAUGGUAAUGAGAAAUAUUUUUCAUAAACAAAUUUUUAGCAAAAGGCCAACAUCAUCUGCUUGGGAACGUAACUUGAAAGGCCUGCAAGUAUUUCAUAUGAGUGGAUUAAUGCAUGAAAUUAUUAUGACGAUAGUUCAUCGUGAAAUCAAUUUAGAGCAAUGGUUAUUUUUUAUGAUACAAGGAAUUGCUAUCUAUUUACAGCUAAAUUGUAUUCCAAGAACAUUUAGAGAAAGGAUACCAAAGCCCUUGUCAACUAUUUUAACUAUUCUUUUCUUAGGAUGCACUGGUAAACUAUUUUUGGCUUCCUUUAUUCGAACUGAAGAAUAUAAGCAGUUCCUAGCAAAGUAUUCCGUCAUUUAA